AUGAAGUCUUGGUGGUGUCCCAUUGCGUUGACCACACUGCUUCUGCUGUUGGAAACGUGUGAAGCCAUACGGGCGAAUGAUCCUCGUCCAAAUAUUUUACUGCUGUUGGUGGAUGAUCUUGGGAUUGGUGAUCUAGGUUGCUAUGGCAAUGACACCAUCAGGACCCCCAAUAUCGAUCGGUUGGCGAGAGAAGGGGUGAAACUCACCCAGCAUAUUGCAGCAGCCUCUAUGUGUACCCCGAGUAGAGCUGCCUUCCUUACCGGCCGAUACCCUGUCCGAACAGGUAUGGCUUCAGACAACGUCGAUCGUACGUGCUCUGUUUUCACAACUCUUGGGUUUUCUGGCGGCCUCCCCCGAAACGAAACUACGUUUGCAGCUAUUUUGAAGAAGAAAGGCUAUAAAACCGGACUGAUAGGCAAAUGGCACCAGGGUUUGAACUGUAAGUCCCGAUUGGACCAUUGCCACCACCCUCUGAGGUACGGCUUUGACUUUUACUACGGUAUGCCGCACACUCUCACCCCUUUUUGCUCGCCGGACCCUUCGAGGGACACAGAAUUGACCAUCAACGACAAGCUGUGGCUCUGUGUGAAGCUGAUUGUGCUGGCCAUGGUGGUUCUCAUGGCUGGGAAGUUUUGUGGCUGGUUCUACGUGUCCUGGGCUCACAUCAUCACCUUGGCUAUGUUCAUCUUCCUCCUGGAGUACGCCUGGUUCUCCAGCUUGACAUCUGCCGUCUACUGGGAUUGCGUCUUGAUGCGUGGACACGAGGUCACGGAGCAGCCCAUGAAGGCGGAGCGAGCUGGAUUCAUCAUGGUGCAGGAGGCGAGGUCUUUCAUUAGCAACCACCGCCAGCACCCGUUCCUGCUCUUUUUCUCCUUCCUCCACGUUCAUACUCCUCUUCCCACCACAACCCAGUUCCUGGGUGUCAGCAAACACGGCUUGUACGGGGACAACGUGGAGGAGAUGGACUUCAUGGUGGGUAAGGUGAUUGAUGGCCGAGACUUGAUGCCUUUGCUGAAGGGUGAGGUCCAGAAUUCAGAGCACGAGUUUCUCUUUCACUACUGCGGUGCGUAUCUCCACGCCGUGCGAUGGCACGGGAAAGGAAGUGCUCUGGUUUGGAAAGUACACUAUGUGACACCUGUAUUUAAUCCCGAGGGGGCCAUCGGAUGCUAUGAAACCCAGUACUGUGCGUGCACGGGGAACGAAGUGACCAUCCACAAUCCACCUCUGCUCUUCGAACUGUCCCGGGACCCAUCAGAGUCCACGCCUCUCACUCAGGACACGGAGCCCCUGUAUCACUUGGUCAUCAGCACAGUGGAGGAGGCCGUGAGGAGACACCGUGAGACACUCAUGCCGGUGCCCCAGCAGAUGUCAGACUGUCACACAAACUUCAUGUGGCUCCAGCCAUGCUGUGGCAUGUUCCCCUUCUGUCUGUGUGACCGACAGGGUGGAAGUGCAGGAGGAUUAUUUCUCUUCCAGUACUUGGUCUGCAAGCUGCUGCCUUCCCCCACCAACCACAAUGACGUGGACUGA